UCUAAAUAUAUAUUCUCCUGACAAUUAACAAUUUUUCAAAAAUCUCGAAAGAUGUAAAUGCCAUAUCUCUACUUCUUAAUAGAAUAUAGUCCUCCAACUUUUGCAAUAAGAUAUAUUUAUAGAUAAUUAUUUAUUAUACACUUCUAUAUGAUAAAAUGAUUUUGACCUUGAAAACGACAAUUUUGGAUUUGAAAUAACAUCUCAAAAUAUGUGAUUCAAUACGGUUUUUAAUAUUGUCUCUAAUAUUCUAACAUUUGUAUGAAAAUUCUGAAAACAUUGCAUUUCUAUAAAACACAAUCUACACUUUUACGAUUGCAUUGUGUCACGCUUCUGCACUUGAAGCGAAAUUAAUGCGCGAUCGAACAUCGGAGAGAGAAAGAGAGAAGAUGAAAAAGUGCACCACACACACGCACACACACACAGAUUUAAUUGCAAGGGGCACAUACGUACGUCGCGUGAAGUUGUGUACGCUUGUCAGUCGCGAGUGUCGCGACUCCGAAAUGCCUAACUUCAGGUGUGACUAAACACGUCACUUGGUGCUCUUUUGUUUAUAUUUCGGCCGCGAUACGCGAUCUGGGCUGUUCGACACGGACGGUGGUGCGGAGUCCUGGGGAAUGGUUCCCUCGUUAUUGCGCGACGGUAUGCGACGCGAUGCACGUGCGUGACAACGUUUCGUCGAGACACGAUUCGACUAUCAUCUGGCCGUAUCUAUGAGAGCUCCCGGCCGCGAAACGGUCGACGUUACGGCGACGACAUCAAAAUCGUAUGGAAAGAAGAAUGGCGGAAGAUGAGAGGCAAAUUAGAAUGGCCGCUGAAGCUAUAUUAAGUGGUUCGAUCAAUUCCCAGAGGAGCUCGAUCACGCAGCACAGCAUAACGCGUACGCCGGAUAUCGUUCUCAGCGAGGACCUGAUCGCAGGAGCGAGGCACAACGGCAGGAUGUCGAACGUCAGGCGUUUCUUCUGCCUCUUCGUCACCUUCGAUCUUCUUCUUACAUUCCUCAUGUGGCUCAUUUGUACAAUGAUUGCAGGUGAAAGUUUAAAAACAGCUUUCAUAGAUCAAGUGAUACACUAUCACAUAAAGACGUCUUUGUUUGAUAUUGUCAUGGCAGCGAUUUGCAGGUUCACGGUCUUGUUGCUCUUUUAUGCGCUACUGUAUCUCAAUCACUGGAUCAUUGUAGCUAUAUCAACUGCCACAACAUGUGCCUUUUUAAUUGCCAAAGUUUUUCUCUUUGAUUGGACAUCAGCUAACCAACCAGUAUUCCAAGUUCUGCUGAUCUUAACAUCUUUUGUAUUAUCAUGGGCAGAGGCUUGGUUCUUCGAUUUUCGCGUGAUACCUCAGGAAACUCAAGCAAGAAAUUGGAUUCGAAAUUUUCCGGAUACAGAAAGAGCUCCAUUAUUACAAGGUAUUGCUACCGAAUCACGGCAAUAUGCAGCAAAUGCCGAUCAUAUGAAUACAUUUUUCACACCUGUGGAAUCCCCGACUCAUUCUGAUGAUGAGGAUAUCCCCAGAAAGCAAGGAGACUCGAAGCUUUCAAGAUCCAGUGAAUUAUUUAGGUUCCUAGCAAAACUUACACCCGACAAGAUCGAGGAAUAUAAAAUGAGGACGUCUAAAAUGUUACAAGAUUGUCAAGAUUUAUUAAUAUCGAAAGAAUGGAAGGACAUAACUAUAACAAACGACAACGAUGAGAUAUCCUGUAUGCAGCUUCCACCGGAAUGGAAAUUAGACGGAAAGGUCAUGAAGAUCACGGGUAUUGUCGAUGCGCCUGCUAGCAUAGUGAUCGAUUUACUGUUUGAUAAUAUCGAGGAACAAGUUUCGUGGAACAAGCUUGUGACGGAUUCAAUCAAAUUGCAGUAUAUUGACGAAAACACGGAUAUUGUUUACCAAGCAACAAGGCCUUAUGGCGGCGGCCUCGUUACCGCGCGAGAUUUCGUUAUUUUAAGAAAUCGUAAGAAAAGCGACAAUUAUUACGUCACCGCUGUAUCGGUUCCUGCGUCAGUUGAAAUUCGCCCAAACGUGACAAGGGGUGAAAAUGGUAUAAGCUGUUUCGUCACAGAACAGUUACCUGAUGAAGCUGAUAAAUGUCGUUUCACCUGGAUGCUGAAUACAAAUUUGAAAGGCUGGAUACCACAAACUGUUGUAGAUAGAUCUAUAUCCACUAGUCUAGUAAACUUCAUGGCAUAUUUAAGGGAAUACUUGAAUGACAUGCAAAAACCGCCAAUCUAGUACAUUAUUCAUAAAACUGAUAAGCUGAAAUAUCUGCAUUCGUUUAUGUACUACGUUAGAUCUACGUUUUUUUUUAAUCCACUAUAUGUAUUGACGUAUACAUAUAUAAUACGUACAUACAUAUAAAGAAAAAAGAAUAUUAAAAUUGUAAUUGUAGACUUGACAGAUAAUACGUUUUAUAAUGCGGAAGGCAAAGCGUUUUUUUUUUUUUUUUUUUUUUUUUAAGACACGCUUUGUUUGAUUUUUGAACAAUUCUGAAAUGAAUAACAUUUAAGACAUCAGAAUUUUUUUACCAGCGAAGUGCGAUUGAAGUCACAAAUGUAUAAAACAGAAUUACAGUUUUAUAUAAACAUAAGUAUGUUCCAAUUAUAUUUGUAACCGAAUUAUUCUCGUCAAUUAUUUUAGUGGUCGAGUGUUGAUAAUAUUCAUGUAUCGACAUUGAGAUAUAAAUUUUAUCUCAAUGUUGACACAUGAAUAUUAUCAACACUCUGUAGAGUUUUACUUUAAAAAUUGUACUUUUUUCUCAUAAGAUUAUUUCUAACUAUGAUAGGCGAACAAGGAAGGGACAUACUAUUCUAUUCUAAUCAUUACUCUAUUCUUCUUUUAUAAAGUAUAUCGCGUAGUAAUAGUUAAGAAUUAUAAUAUAUUAAAUGUUUUUGGUAAGUGCCUAUGAAUGUUCGGUUAAGUGCAUCUUCGACAUACAAUGUAUAUAGUAUAUCGCAAAUGUGACAUACGUAUGUGUUUAACGCGCGCGUCUGUUCGCAUAUCACGCAAAAAUGAAGCCGUGAUAUUUAAAAAGUAACAUAGAAAUAUACUAAUAAUUUUUUUUAUGUAUUUGUUUUAGUAUUUUUUACAGUUUUUCAUUAAAGAGUUUUUCCUCCUUACCUUUAAUUUGAAUCGUAAAGCCUAAUAUACUGUAUAUCGAUACUGUAUAUAUAAUGUGCAUUUAAAUGAAGCAUGCAGUCAUUAAAUAGAUGUCCCU